GCUCCUGGAUCAGCCGCUCAGCUUCCUUCCACUGAGUUCAACAAACUGUUUGCACAGCAGCCUCCCGUCAACACUGCCUGCUUUGCCCAAACUGUGCUCGCACAAGUCGGAGCGGUGGAUUUAGCAUUCGCUGGACGCCACUGGGGCAGGAUUCUUCUCCGGGGGACAUCCUCUCCGACCAGCCUUUAGUGUUCGGCGAGUAAGAGCAUCCAGCGCCUGGCUCCAGAUUGGCGCUUUGCUGAGGUUUUCUAAGGAGAGGCUGCUCCUCGCAGAUAGACGCGUCGGCUGCGCCGUGAGCCCAUGAAAACGGGAGCUGGGGAGCAAAAGCAGGACCAGUCAUCAUCAGUUUCUCCUGAACAAAGACGGCCAACAAAGAGAUCCGCAUGGGGCAGGGAGAGGCUUCAGCUCGGGGGACAACCAUGGAGGGGGACUGUCUCAGCUGCAUCAAGUACCUCAUGUUUGUCUUCAAUUUUCUCAUCUUUCUGGGGGGCUCAUUCCUCCUGGGUGUGGGGGUGUGGGUGCUGGUGGACCCCACAGGGUUCAGGGAAAUCGUAGCAGCCAACCCUUUGCUGUUCACUGGUGUCUACAUCAUUCUGGGCAUGGGAGGCAUGCUCUUCCUCCUGGGCUUCCUGGGCUGCUGUGGAGCCAUCCGUGAGAACAAGUGUCUGCUCCUCUUCUUCUUCAUGCUCAUCCUGCUCAUCUUCCUAGCAGAGCUGGCUGCUGCCAUCCUUGCCUUCAUAUUCCGAGAGCACCUGACCAGAGAGUACUUCACCAAGGAGCUGAAGAGCCAUUAUCACGGCUACAACAAAAGCGACGUCUUCACCUCCACAUGGAACGCCAUCAUGACCACAUUUGACUGCUGUGGAGUGAACAGCCCGGAGGAUUUUAAGGACAGCCUUUUCAGGCUAAGCAACCAGAAUCACAUGGUGCCAGAAGCCUGCUGCCUGCGCAGCCUUGAAAACGGCAAGAGGAUCUAUAGCAGCCAGGAGCAGUGCUUAUCCGGCAAUAUGAUGUUCCGCAAUAACAAGGGCUGUUACUCUGCUGUGGUCGACUACUUUGAACUGUACAUCUACGUUGCUGGAGCCCUGGCUAUCGUGGUGCUAACCAUUGAGCUUUUUGCCAUGGUCUUUGCGAUGUGUCUCUUCCGGGGAAUCCAGUAAAAAAGUGCUUCAUUUGCAAACUUCUUUUUUUCUUGAACAAAAAAAGGGAAUUCAGGAGAAAAGAACAAAGCGGACUUUUGUAAAUGUGUGGAUCUCCUUUUUCUUUAUUUUGUCUAAUUGGUAAAAAGAAAAAGAAAAAUAAAGGCAAACUCUUGUACUUCACAGCUGGACUUUUGAGGUACUGGGUGGCAAAAAGAAAACCAGGCGCAGAAAACCACUUAGAAAGUUUGAAAUAAAGGAUUUAAAAUUUGAUUUUGUGAGUAACGUGGAAGCAGUAAUUUGUGGACCAGGUCUGGCACAGACUGGGUGUAAAAGCAGGCCGAGGAGGGAGACCAGGUGAAGCCUGAGCGGAAGGCACUGCACUGACUUUUGGAUGAAGAAUAUUUAUAUAGAGUUGCGUUGGCUUAACUGUAAAAACGUGUUUCAUGUGCACUCUGAAUUGUAACCUGUCCCCUCUUUCUUACUGUAUACUGUAAGUAACCUCCUUCCUCCACAUGCCCCUUUUUUACUGCCACAUUUUAAAUGCUGUAUCAUGUAGGCUCGUUCUUAUAUCAUUGCGUGUGUGUGUGUGUGUGUGCGAUUGUGUGUGUGUGUGUGAGUGUGUGUGCGCGCGUGCAUGGGAGCUCCCUCCAUGACCCCACCCAAGCCAACAACUCUAUUUUUUUCUGUUCGUAUGGUGACUGUUUAUUGCAUUAGAAAUGUUGUUUUUAGGUGGUGACCUGUAUGUGUAUGAAUUUGUAUUAGAUUGUUGAAAAGUCUGUGACAUAAAUGGCAUUUUAAAUGAA